GAGAGCUGAGCUGCUUCUUGUGCACAAACUAUGCUGGGUUUGUCCACUGGGCGGAGCUUCCUGAGCCGAGCUCACGUCGUAAUGUACGCCACUCGUCUCUACAGCACCACAGGGACUGGAGGAGGUGGUGAGGUCAAACCGGGGCGGAGGGUAGGGCUAGCUGCGCUUGAGGCUCCUCCUUCCCAUCUCCCACAUCAUCCUCACCCAGUGCCACCUCCUCCACCCUCCUACCAGCUGUACCAGGGUCGACCCGAUCCCCAUCGAGGAACACAUUUCCAUCACUACCACCCGUCGCCCCAUCAUCUUGCUCCACCUCCUUUCCCUCCACAUUUCCAUGCUCCCAUCUAUACCUACGGAGGAGGUGGAGCUCCAGUCAGCAACUGUGGCGGCAGGAAAAAGACUUGGAACUUUAUUCAUGAGAAGAUGAGCUACGACACAUUCUUUACCAUGAAGCGUCUGAUUGAGCGCUCGCGGCGCCCUGAUGAGGUGCUGCGCUGGAUCACUCAGAACCCCGCCAAGAUCUCCCACAACCACUACCCCGUGGCUCUGCAGAAGAUUGGACAACUGCUGCAGGCCACAUCCCUACACACUGCUAGAAGUGCCGUUGAAGGCAAUGCCUCUGGGGGCACAGCUACAGUGGGAGACAGGCGGCAAAUCCUAGAGCAUCCAGACUUCCAGACACUUUGCAACGCCAUCGUCAACGGCUGCACCAAAUUUGACAACUUCAGUAUCGUGAACUGCCUGUACGCUGUGGCUGCGUUAGGCCUCUCCAGCGACUCCCAGGUGGUUCAGGUGCUGGAGGCAGAGUCACAGUCCAGACUGAACCAGUUCAACCAGAAGGAUGUGUCAAUGGUGUUCAGCUCCAGCAUGAAGCUACACCCAUGCAGCCAGCACCCGCUGACUGAAGCUUGCCUCACCAGCUUGGAGAAGAACCUUGAGCGAGAGCGUCACCCUCAGACCCUGUUCCUGCUCCUGUCUUACUACAGACUGAAGUGGCACUCGCUGCAGCCACCAAAAUCCAAUUCUGAAGGGCCAGCAGCAAACAGCAGUGCCAGCACAGCUACAAACCCCGAACAGCUGCUGGCUAACAGGAAGAUCCUGCGGCUGGUCAAACACACUUUGGCUAGCGUCAGUGGCGUUCGUGACCAGGAGAUGGCACUGCUGGACGAGAUGCUCUCGGCGUGCGCUCGUGAGGCAAAUAACAAGAGUCUGGAGCUAAUAUUCAGUUCCCACCUGUUCUACCAGAACAGACAGGAGAGAUUCAUCAGCAGCCUGGCAGAGGAGUUACCGAAGAAGGCGGACAGCAUCACGCCAUACACCAUGGCUCUGAUUGCUAAAUACAUCGCUCGCCAUCGGCUCAGAGAGACACGGCUGCUAGACACCAUUGCAGACUUUCUGGUGAAGAAGGCUGAGUAUCUAGACAGCAAGGUGAUCCAGAAGUUGGUGUUCCCGUUCAGCAGGAUGAGUUACAGCCCGUCCAACGAGCAGCAGUUUUUCUCUCGACUGGAAGAGGUUGUGGAGCUGAAGGCGCUCAGCUCGCCGCUCGCCACCGUCAACAUCCUGAUGUCCCUCUUCCAGCUGGGACAUUUUCCUGGGACAGUCCUACCCAGAGUCUUCUCCUCCGCCUUCAUCAGCAACGUGACCAACAGUCCCUACGCUCUGAUCGUCAGGAGGUAUUUGUCUCUGCUCGAUGCUGCAAUAGAGUUGGAGUACUGCGACUACACCGGACCUCGCCUGCAGGACGCCCACAAGGUGCUGAUGUUUGACCACGCCCUCACAGCAGACGAGGUCAACCGCAAGUACAGUUAUAAAGGUCUGGUGGCCGAAGCUCUGAGGCAGCUGGUGGGAGAACAGAACUACAAACAGGAUGAAGUGCUGGCCCCGGGCUACUACACAGAUUUUGUGCUCUGGCUGGAUGGUUCUGGUCGGGUUCUUCCCAUCAGGUCUGGAGCAGGUUUGUGUCCGUCCUGUGUUGCUGUGGGGACAGAGAACGCUGAGGACACUGUUGCUGCGGUGACCUUGAAGCUGCAGAAGUUGUCUCAGUUCACAGCACUGGAGGACCGAGCCGAGCUGCAGGGUCAGGAGGACAAAUUGGGCGGAGCCACAGAAGCCCAGUCCUUCCAGGCCCACCAUAUAUGUGGAACUGCAGGGGCCCCAGCAGCUUCUGUCCCCACUCAGACCGGGUCUAAUGAAGGGUCCCUGGAUUUUGAGCAGUACUACGGUCCUGCAGCUGAGUACUACUCAGGUCUGGCUAAGGACCACUCCCUGGAGAGUCAGGACAGCUCCACACUCAGUAGCUCCCCCUCCGAGGGUCCGGCUCCUCCCGGGGCCUCAGGACCCACAAGUGGUCUUGCCCCAGACUCCUUGUUUCCUUUUUCCAUUGGGAGGAUCCUGGAGGACGAGGGGCCUGCAGGAACCCCUGAGGUUCUGGUGUCGGACCGCGAGCUACCCGGGUUCUACGAAGGCCCGAACUAUGCCGAGGGGUCUGGAACCGACAGGGGGCCCCUGACACCUUCACGGCUCCACCUUCCGGACCCAGAAACUGUACCAGAGCCAAGACAGACUCGGAGGGUCAUCAUGUCUGUCAACGACAAGUGGCACUACUGUCACAACUCUGAGGUUCUGGUCGGGUCACGGGCCAUGAGGGACCGACACCUGAGGCUGCUGGGAUACAUCAUCCUACAGCUGCCGUACCAUGAGCUGGAGAAGCUAAAUGGCAUCGAGGAGGUGAAGCAGUACCUGCGCCAGAAGCUGCUGGAGGUCCCUCUAUGACCGGCUGCACAUGUGCCUGUCAGUCAGAACUCAGGGGCAACUGCAACACUCCUACACCAAACUGGGCUGUUUCCCAUCAGGCUGCGCUGCCGGUGUAGAUGAGUCAGCCAUUUUGACUGUGGGGGAGGGGCCUGUUUUUAACCUUGUGGUAACCGUAAUGCAUGAGGUUUUAUAAGCAUGCACCAAAGGCUGGGGUCAAAGGUCAGAUUAUUUAUUUGUUAACGGGUGGCGGACGCACAGAGGUUUGAUUAUAUUCUAUAAACGUGUAUAAAAGCUGAAUCCAA